AUGAAUCAAUACGACCAAUGGAAUCGUAAAAUUCGGACCAUAUGGUAUUGUAGUAGUCUUUAUGUUGAAUAUAAAAAUGCCUUGAGAAAAUCAAAAAAGAUGUCAGUUGAUAAAAAGACAGAAUAUUGGGAGAAAAAACAUGAAGAAUUUGCGACAAAGAUGUUAAAUAAUAUAUAUGAAUUAAAAGGAUGGUGGGUUAAAGUAGGACAAUUUUUAAGUACUCAAGAAAAUAUUAUGCCAGUAGCAUAUAUAGAAAAGUUUACAAAAUUACAAGAUAUGAUGCCUACAUCUUCUUUUGAUAAAAUAGAAGCUAUUUUAAAAAAAGAAUUAGGAAAUAUAUAUGAUUUAUUUGAGUACAUUGACGAGGAGCCAUUGGCGAGCGCAUCUAUAGGACAAGUCCAUCGAGCUAAACUAAAAAAAAAUGAAAAAGAUUUAAGUCUUAUUGGAAAUGACAAUAAAAAAAAAUAUAAUGUUAUAAUAAAAAUACAACAUGAAGGAAUAGAUCAAUUUUUAUCUUCAGAUAUAAAUACACUAAAAAAAGUCUCAUGGGCAUUUGGAUUAAUUGAUAAAAAUUUUUAUUUUAGUGAUUUUAUCGAUGAAUGGCAAGAUUCUGCUUCUCGUGAAUUAAAUUAUAGAUAUGAAUUAUAUCAUCAAAUAUUAGCUUAUAAUACUUAUAAAAAAUCAGGAAUUCAUUUAAAAAUACCUAGAAUAUAUUGUGCUUUAACAACUACUAAAGUGUUAGUAAUGGAAUACAUAAAAGGAUUUAAAAUAACAGAUUCUGAUUCAAUUAAAAAAUAUAAUGUAGACAAAUAUAAACUAGCUUAUGAAAUAAUUGAUUAUUUUGCUUAUCAAAUUCAUAAUGACGGUUUUUUUCAUGGAGAUCCUCAUCCAGGAAAUAUUUUAGUUAUGUUAGAAGAAAAAAAAAAAAAAAAAAAAAAAAAAAAAAAUGAUGACAAUUAUAAAAUUAAAGAGAAGGCUAAUUCUGAUCUUUUGUCCUAUAAUAUGCCUAAUUUAUCUGAGGACAAUCUUAUAGAAUCAAAAAAUUUUAAUUUAAAAACAAAAAGCCCAAAGAAGUUAAUGGAUUCACUAUCUAAAUCAUUCAGUUUUGUUGACUAUUCCUUUACUAAAAAUUUUGAUUCUGAUUAUAAAAAAAAAAAAUAUGACUCAAUUAAAAGUGAAAAUAUGAGUGAUGAUUUAAAUAUGAUAAGAAAAGGUGUUUCUAAAUCCGAAGAAUUUAUUUCAUAUAGAAAUUCAAGCGAAAAAUUAUCAAAAGAAAUAAAAAGAAAAUUAGAAAAAAAGCAUUAUAAUAAAUCAAUUGGUAAUAAUAAUAUUAUUACUCAAAAAAGGAAUAUAUUUUUAGUAAAUAAUGAGAAUAAAGAUCAUAUUAAAAAAAAAAAAGAAAAAAAAAAAAAAAAGAAACAAUAUUCUUUCCUGCCUGUUAUAAUUGAUUGGGGAUUAAUAAAACAGUUAGACAGUGUUAUGAAAGUGGCAUUUUGUAAAUUAAUUUAUAACAUCAGCUGUAUGAAUGUUUUAAAUAUUAUAGAAGCUUUUGAAGAUAUGGGUUUUUGUUUUAAGGAAGAUUUUACAUAUGAUCCGGAAAUAUAUAUUGAAAAUUUGAAAAGAUUUUUCUUAAAAAAAUUAGAAGAAUCAAGCAAUAAAUUAAACGAUGGACAGAAAGAAAAUGCUACUUCCAAUGAAGAAAUAAAUAAAAAUAAAAAUAUGGAAAUAUUAAAGAACAUUGAAAAAAAAGAUGUAUUAGAUAAAAACCCAGUUAGUGAUGUACCUAAGGAUAUUAUAUUUUUUAUUAGAGUAGCUUCAUUACUACAUGGUUUAUGCAGUCAGUUAGAUGUGAAAAUAAAUUAUUUAAGUAUUUUUUCUAGAAGAGCAAAAGAAGCAUUAGAAAAAAUUUAUAAUCCAAUAAAUAAUUCUAUAUAUACAAUCCCUAUUGAUAAAACUCCUAAUACCUUUUUUGAGAAAAGAAUUCAUAAUUUCAUAAAAAAUUUAUAUGAUCAAAAUAAAAUAUUAGGAUGCCAAAUAGCCAUUAUACAUAAAAAAAAAUUGGUUGUUAAUACAUGUAUAGGAGUAACCAGUACUACUGACAAAAGACCAAUCACAAAACAUUCUUUAUUCAAUGGAUAUUCUUUAAAUAAAACUAUUUUAACAAUUGCUUUAUUACAUUUAAUUUGUAAUUCAGUAAAUGAGCAUAAUUCAGCAGAAAGUGUUUUUUUAUGUCUUAAUAAAGAUAAAAAGAAAAAUAAUGAAGAAAAAAGAAAAACAGAAACAAAUAAUAUAAAUGAAAAGACAAUAAAGGAAAACACAAGUAAGUUUGUUAGUGAAAAGUUUAGUGAAAUUAAUAAAAUUGAAUAUGAUUAUUUUUCUUCAAAAAAAAAAGAAAAUAUUUAUUUUGAAGAUUUAAAUUCAGAAAAAAAAAAAGAUAUAGUUUUUAAUACUGUUAGAAGUAGUAGUUAUAAUAAUAAGAGAAAUUUUAUUUAUGAUGACAAUAAGCAGAAAAAUUUUAAUGAUACCAAUGAUAUUUAUAGUAAAGACAAUACAAUAUGCAAUAAUAUAUUAAAUAAAAGUAUACUAAAAGAUAUAGAAUCAAAACAAAUAAAAAAUUUCAAAAAUACAAUAAAUGAUUAUAUAUGUAAUUAUUGGGAUGGUUUUAUUUGUAAUAAUAAGAAAAAUAUAACAAUCAAAGAUGUUUUAACUCUUAAAUGCUUUAUAAGAAAACCAUUUCAUGAUAAAAUUACUCUAAGCAAAUUUAUUGAUUAUGAUAAAAUGAUUAAUAUGAUAGAAAAUUCGAAAAAUUACAAAAUAAAAAGUAAAUCUUCAAAAUAUGGAGAAUAUUUAUAUUUAAUUGAUUCAUAUAUUAUAGCUGAAUUAAUACGUAACAUUUCAGGUUUAAAAUAUUAUGAAUACAUUUAUAAAUACAUCGUUAAACCAUUACACCUAACAGAAGAAAUGUUUGUUCCUAUUCCCACAUAUUUAUUAAAUAAUAAUGAAGAGAAAUUAAAAAGAAAGAAUCAAUUAAUUAGUGAAAAAGGAAAAAAAAAUAAAAAAAAUAUAAAAUUAAAUACACAUAAAGAACAUACAUCUAAUGUUAAUAUAAGUAAUGACUUAGCUUCUCAUUCAUUUUCGCGUGGAAAUGAUAUUAAAAUAAAAAGUAGCAUUCCUGAUAUUUUUAAUGAUAUGGAUCAAGAAAAGUAUAUCAAUAUUCAUUAUAAUGAUGAUAUAAGACAUAUAGGUAAUAUUGAAAAAAAUAAUUAUACAAAAAAAAAAAAUAAAAAUUUUAACAAAAAAAAAAUAGCUAAAAGAAGAUAUGUAAGUGUAGAUGUUUAUUAUUCCAUGAAAAAGAAAAAAGAUGACGAUACUAUGAUUUUAAAAAAUUCAAAUAAUAUAGUAAAAAAUAUAGGUUUUAUAAAUAUAUUACCUGAUUCUAGCAAAGAAUUUUCUUAUCAAGAUAAUAUAGAAAAGGAUAGGGAUAUAAAACUAUAUUCUCAGAAUAAUGGAGAAUUAUGCAAAGAAGAUGGUAAUAAUAAUAUAUAUAAUAGAAAAAGUGAACUAAGUAUUUUAAUUAAUAAUGAAAGUUUUCAAAAGGUAUAUGAAAAAGGAUUUAUUUCCAAUAGUAUUUUAGAAAGUAAUUUAAAAAAUAGAAAUACUUUAAGUUUUAAAAAUAAGUUUUUAAAUCAUGUAGAUAAUUUAAAAGUGAAAACAAAAAAAAUAAACGAUUCAAUAAAAAAUAUAUAUGAAAACAAUGAAAAUAUAUUUUUAAAAAAAAUUUUUUCUUCACAAAAAAAAGGGGAUAUUAAAAAUGAUAGUGAUAAUGCUGCAACUACUAUUAAUACUACAGUUACUACUAAUGAUAAUACAAAAAAUAACGAUAAUAUCAAUAAAAUCAUUAAAAAAAAAAGUAGUUCAAAAGAAGUAAUAGAAGAAAAUAAGUGGAUUAUGAAAAAUACGAAAAAAAUAUUUUCUAACCUUAGAGAGGUGGGAAAAAAUAAAAAAAUUUUAUUAAGUAGCAAUGAAUUAAGUAUUAAUAGAGGAUCAAAAAGGAGAACGCAAAGCUGUACAAAUUGCAAAAUGAUAAAAUAUAACAUAAGAUAUAAUAAUAAUAAUAGAAUUGAAAAUUUCACUGAUUCAAAUGGUGUUGUAUUCAAAUACCAAAAUGAUACAAAUAAAUUAGUUGAUUACAAUGUAGAUUUUUUUCCUUGUACUUUUUUAAAUAAUUUUAAUGAAAAUUUUGAAAAUGAUUCAAGAAACCUUUUUUAUAAUUUAGAAGAAGGGAGAAAAUUUUAUAAAUUUACUUUUGAUAAUAACAUAAAAACAUUAUUUGAGAAUAUAGAUACAAAAACUAGUGGAGAUGAAUCAGUAAAUAGUAUAUUAAAGGAGAAAUAUAAUGAUUGUCAGAAAAAAAAUAAUAAAUAUACAAAAAUUUUUAAAUAUAUUAAGGAAUUAAGAAAUAGUUUAAGAGAAAAAGAAAAAAAAAGAAAAACAAGUUUUCCUCUUUUAAAAAAAAUAGAAGAGAAAAAUAGUAACUCUAUUAAAGAAGAAGAAGAAUUAAAAAAAGAUGAAGAACUUAUGAAAAAUUUAAUUGAAUAUAAAUAUUUGAUAUUACAAAGACAAAAUAAUAACAUAAUGAAAAAAAAAACCAAACAAAAUAUUUAUGUUAAUGAACACUCAUAUGACAUUGAAAUGUUCAGUGAUACAACUAGCGAUAGCUCUGAAUCAAUUAAAUCUCUCAUUAAAAAAAAGGAAAGUGAAAAUAAAGAAAAAAGAAAAAUAAAUGAAAAAAAAAAACAAUUAGAAAUAUAUUUAGUUAUGAAUAAUUUAUAUAAAAAGAAUAAAAAAGGAUUAAUAUCAAAGGAGUAUCAUACAAUAAAUAAGAAAACAGAUGUAUACUGGAGGCUAGCAUAUGCAAGGAGAAAUAUUAACAUAUUAGAUAAUAUGUCUAGAACUGAUAUAAAUAAAAAAUUAGAAAUAUUUAAGCAAAAUGCAAAAAAUAAAAAAGGAGGUAGCGAUUCAGAAAAUGAAGAUAAUAAUAUAACAAAUGAACAAGAAAAAAUAAUAAAAGAUUUAAACAAAUUAGAUACAAAACUUAAAAUGUAUUUAGAUAAUUUUAAUGUGAAACAUUAUAACAAAUAUAUAUCUUUAUUUCAAUUGAUGCAAACAAAACCUUAUAUAUUAGAUCCCUUAAUUUAUGAUUCCAAAAAAAUACUUGACAAAUAUAUACCUUUUAAUGGAAGAUUUACAGCUAAAGCAUUAUGUAAAUUAUUUGCUUUUGCUAAUAAUCAAUUUUUCUUUCCUUCAUAUAUUCUUAAUAAAAUGAGAAAAAUAUACACACUUGACAAAAGUAUUGAAUCUUAUAUAUUAGCAGGUGGGAUGAGUAGAAAAUGGGGAAUGGGUUUUCAAAUUUUUGAAUGUGAAUACUGUGGAGAGAUAAACGAAGAUUUUUAUUUAUAUAAAAAAGGAAAAAAAAAAAACAAAAAUAAGAAUAAAAAUAAAAAUAAAAAUAAAACUGAAGAUGCUUUGAAUCAUAAAACAAUUGUUGGAUAUGGUCAAUCCGACUUUUCUGGUUGUUUAGCAAUAUCUUUUCCUGAAAUUGAUUUUUCUCUUACAAUUCUCUUAUCAGAUAUUUUUAAAGGGCCAGAAGUGUCACACCUAAUACUUGAUUAUGUAUUAAAAGUAUACGGCAUAAAACCUAAAUGGAAGCUACCUAUACGAAUAUCAGAACUUAUUAAAAUCUUGUAA